AUGCCUAUCAACAGUAAAAACAGUAAAGCAAAAUUUACUAGAGGAGAAAAAUGUUUGUUUAUUCAUUUAAUUGUAACAUUCAGUUUGAUAAUGUUGAUGAUAAUUAUUUAUUUUGUACAUCUCUGUCUUGUAAACCAUACAAAAACAGAUGUGUUGAAGAUAUACAGGCGGUCAUACGACAGAAGCCUGUCCGGUCUAUCACUCUCAGAUUACCAAUCUGUCGGCGUGAUGUUCCUGAAUAUAACGCCGCCUGUGAUAGUUUGUAACACGCUCUUGUUGGGGAAACGCUGGUCGCUCGCUCCUGCACAAUGCACAUCGAUGCGAGAGGAUCCUGAUAUGUCAGACCACCUAUUGCAGUGGAAACUCAAAUACAAACUCGAUGGAAAACAAACAAAUACAAACGUCAAGAGGACUUUAACGCAUUCCCACUUUAGUCGUGAUGAUUACCAGAAUAAUAUAGGACUGUUUGAGCAUGCGGAUCCGAUCGAGAGAAAUGAGUAUUAUGUUGUACCGAAAAGCUUCUUCGUCAACGAUGAAACUUUACAGAAGUACGUUCAACAGAUGAGUGUAAUUGACUGGGAUAUACAUAUUUCAGAGAAAGGUGACACUUCAGAUUCUAUUACAAAUCAAGUGAGACCGGUUCUUUCGGAUAAAUGUGAAAUAUAUGCGAAUACAAUUGUCGAAAAAAUAAGAAAUUACGAGUUUUGUGUCACUUUUAAGGAAACUGGAUUUAUGGCCGAUCACGGCGCGAUGUUUGUCAUGAACGCGAAGAUUAUUGGAUUUUUCUCGUGGGGCGAUACCAGAGCAAAAGGCAUGCCUUUGAUAAUUUUAAACUUUUUGCGUUUUAGAGAAUGGUUUGAAAGUAUAAUUUAUUAG